AGCACUUCUUCCAUGGCGUUUCAAUUAAGAGCUUCUUCCUCUCUCUCAUUCUCUUCUUCUUCCAUUCGUAGAUGGACUCACGAUGUAUUCUUGAGUUUUAGAGGUGAGGAUGUUCGCCAAAACUUUAUUUCUCAUCUAUACCAUGCUUUGCAUCAAAGGGGAAUCAACACUUACAUAGACAACAAUCUCGAAAGAGGAGAGGAAAUCUCGUCAGAACUUUCCAAAGCAAUUGAAGGAUCAAUGAUUUCUAUCAUUAUACUAUCUAAGAACUAUGCAGAGUCCCAAUGGUGUUUAGAUGAGCUAUUGAAGAUCCUUGAGUGUAAGGAAACGGUAAAACAAAUUAUUCUACCCCUGUUCUACGACGCAGAUCCGUCAGAGGUAGAACAUCAAAAAGGUAGUUUUGGAGAAGCAUUUGCCAAACUUAGAUAUAAGUUGAAGGAUGAAGUAAAGGUCACAAAGUGGGAGGCGGCUUUGGAAAAAGUAGCCAAUUUGUCCGGACUCGAAUUAGGGGACAGGAAUGAAUCAGAGUUUAUUCAGGAUAUCAUUAAAUGGGUGGACUCAAAAGUGGUAAAUCGUACAUUUCUUAAAGUUGCUGAGCAUCCAGUUGGAAUAGAAUCGCGUGUACGAGACAUUUAUCAGCAUUUAAGUAUGGAAAGAAAUGAUUUUGUCUGCAUGAUUGGCAUAUUCGGAACUGGUGGAAUUGGUAAGACAACAAUUUCAAAAGAUAUCUAUAAUAGGAUUUCUCAUAAAUUUGAAGGAAGUUGUUUCUUGAAAAACAUUAGAGAAAUUUCAAAACAAGAAAAAGGUUUGAUUCGGCUACAAAAUAAACUUCUAUUUGAGAUCUUGGGAGAAAAUUUGGAUGUUCGUGAUUUUGACAAAGGCAUCAAUGUGAUUAGCCAUAGACUCUACUCUAAAAGGGUUCUCCUAAUUCUAGAUGAUGUGGAUGAGUUGAAACAACUAGAAACAUUAGCUGGAGAUCGUAAAUGGUUUGGUCCAGGAAGUAGAAUCAUCAUUUUGGCAAAUGAUGAAGCUCGUAAGCUCUUUAGCUUGCAUGCUUUCAAGAAAGAAGAACCACUUGAUGGUUAUGCGGAAGUCUUUGAACAAGUCAUGCAAUAUGCUCAAGGUCUUCCACUAGCUUUAACAGUGUUGGGUUCAAAUCUAAAAGAUAAAACCAUUCGUGAAUGGGAAAGUGCAUUGGAUGAAUAUAAACAAAUACCCAACAAAAAUAUUCAGGGUGUACUUCAAGAGAACCUUUGGCUGAUGUCAUGA